AUGGAAAAUCAAUUUAUUCUCCGUCGAGCUGAUAUAUCCGACAUUGAUGCACUAUCUCAACUUGCUCAAAGAACCAUUCAAGAGACCUUUGUUGAAGAUUUGUGUAUUUCAUAUCCUGAAAAUUUUCUCGAUUCUUAUUUUCAUUCAUCAGCAAAAGAUAAGACAAACGGUGAACUUGUUGCUUAUGCUGCUGUUAGUCCUUGUAUUAUUGAUGAUAUUCCUCAUUCUGAUGUUUGUUCAAAUAAAGAUGGAGCGCUCCAUCGUCUCUAUGUCCGACGUGAUCGACAAUCUCAUGGUUUUGGUCCACAAUUGAUGAAUGUUAGUUUAUCUUGGUUCACAGAACAUUUUCCGAAACGAUCUAUAUGGUUAAGAGUCUUAUCACAAAAUCUCAAAGCGCAAAAAUUCUAUUCUUACUAUGGUUUUCACAAAGUUGGUGACUGUGAUUAUGUUAGUGGAGAAUGGAAAGACCAUCACUAUAUUAUGAAACGUCAACCUGAUACAGUUUAA